AUGGCUACCGUGAUGAGCCUGACGAGUCGGGGCUGUCAAGUCCAGGGCUCCCUCGCAAUGGCUGCUCUGCCGCUCGCGCGGAUCCCUCUGCUCUCCGUGACCGUGGCGGGGCAUCAGGCGGCUGGGGCACGAUCGCCUUGCGCGGCCCUGGCCCCCGCGGCGCUGUGGGCGAGCCGCGCCCUGCGCGGCCGAUCCGCGCGCGGAUCGCCCGCGCGCGGCGGAUCCGGAGCCGCGGCGCCGGCGGCGGAGCUGGCGGAGAGCCUCCGCUGCGCGCCGCCGGGGAUGGUGAAAGCGCUGGAGCAGGUGUUGGAGGUGGACGGCUCGCUGGUGGAGGCGUUGGGCGGUGAGCCACAGACCACGCUUGCACUCCGCGGGGCGCAGAGGGCGCUGGAGGUGGUGGCGGGGGAUCUGACGCAGGCUGUGGGCCCUGGGAAGCUGCUGGACACACCCUGGAUCUUGGCGGGCAAGGAGGAGCUCCGGAACCAGCUGGCGGAGAUCUUCGCCAGGUAUUUGUGCGAGAUCCUGGAGAUUGUGCAGGUCUCCAGCGCCUUCAAGGAGCUGAGUCUGCCGGUGCGCCGCUUCCGCACCGCGCGCGCGGACGCGGCCGUCUCCCCGCGCCUGGCGCGGCAGCUCUGGGCGCCCGCGGAAAGCGCCGCGGCGGAAAGCGGCGCGGGCCGAGAGGACCCCGGCGACGGCCUGGAGCGCCUGGGCGUGGGCGCGGCGGUGCUGGAUGGCUACAUCGCGCCGCAAGUGGCGUGCCGGGCGCGGGAGGAGUUGGAGGAUUUGGCGCGCCAAGGCCGGCUUAGCGACUUCUCCAGCAGCACGUGCAACCCGGGCAGCCGGCAUCUGUGGCUCCGCCUUGAGGAGGCGCCGCCGAGCCUGCGGCGCCUGGGCGAGGCCCUGGCGGCGCUGCCGGGGGCGCUGGAGGCGAAGAGCUCCGCGGCGCCAGGCCUGCGCAUGGUGCCGGCCCUUAUGGCGGCGGUUUAUGGCCCUGGCGCCCACUACGUGCCCCACAAGGACAUGUACAGUGGCGGCAGCGCGGGCUUUGAGAACACCCGGCUGCUCACGAUCCUGUGCUACCUGAAUCCUGAUUGGAAGCCCGGAGAUGGAGGGGAACUGCGGGUCUUCAAAACUGCGGACAGCGGCAGCGCAGAGGGCGGCCCGGGGCGUCUGGUGCCGCAGCUGCUGCAGAUCUCCGCAGACCACUCGGAGUCCACCACCUCCAGCGCCUGCGACCCCGAGACCUUCGUAGACAUCGAGCCGCUGCUGGGGCGCGUGGUCAUGUUUCGCUCCCGGGAGGCGUGGCACGGCAUCCAGGAGUCCAAGACCGAGCGCUGGGCGGUGACUUUGUGGCUUCUUGCUGACCUGCCCUAAGGCGAAGGGAGUCAGCCGAGGGCCUGAGGGCCUCAGUGUGUUUGUGGUUCUGGAUGCUUGGUUCGUACGGGAAUUCGGGGGGCU